AUGAGCGCCACAGCCCAACUCUUGCUGGCAGAACAUUUCUGUCUUUCGCAUUUACGUACAGGAUCAAGAUCAAAAACUCUUUCACCCUUCUCAACCGCCAACUAUUGGGUCAGACCUCGAUUUGACGUUGUUGCCACCCUCACUCGGCGUUGUCGUCAUUCUUCAAUGGCUUCAGAAUCACUCAACUCGUCCCAAGAGGACGUCCGUGGACACCAUGAACGUUCAGAUGAAACAUCCCGUAAUGGUUCCUCACGAACACCCUAUGCCACUCAGGCUGCUGCUGGCGCAGCAGCGGCGCGCGCAUUUUUCCCAUUAGGAUAUCGGGAAGGAUUUAAUCAAUGGUGGGCUCGUCUCCCUGCUGCUGCUGCCGAACAUAAGGUCCUUUCCUAUCUGCCUUACUUGCAUCACCAACCCCCCACCCACCUCCAGACUGGAAACACAGCCGAGUUACCCAAUGGCGCCACCCCGAGCAGUUUGGAAACUGCAGACCACAAUCAGCUGCGCGAAGUCACCACCAGCUCCCUCGAUGACCCUUAUGGCCCUCGUCGGUGGACCUCUAGCAUGGUGGAAUUGAGCGGGAAAGACCGUGCGCUCAAUGAGUUCUCGGUGGAGAGGAUCGACGAGGAAGCAGAUCAACAUCUGGUCAUGCUCCACGGUUAUGGUGCCGGUCUUGGAUUUUUCUAUAAGAACUUUGAGCCGCUUAGUCGGCUCAAGGGCUGGCAAUUACAUGCCCUGGAUAUGCUGGGCAUGGGUCGUAGUACUCGACCCUCAUUCAAAAUCAAGGCGAAGGGCAGAGAAGAGGCCAUCAGGGAAGCCGAGGCUUGGUUUGUCGACGCAUUGGAGGAAUGGCGCAUCAAGCGCAAGAUCGAUCGCUUCACAUUGCUCGGACACAGUCUCGGCGGCUACAUGGCUGUCGCCUAUGCGCUCAAAUACCCCGGCCAUCUAAACAAGCUCAUUUUGGCGUCCCCAGUUGGCAUCCCAGAGGACCCAUAUGCCGUCACUGCAGAUGUGGCCGAGCCCUCCGCAUCAACAUUGCCCAACGAGCUGACCCAGGAUCAGCGUGAAAUUACUUCAUCUGCUGCCAUUCCGGAGACAGCACCAAAGACCACCGACGGCAGUUUCAUCACAGGCCGUCAACCACCAGCAGAGCCCGCUCAACCCCCACGACGAAACCUCCCCAAAUGGUUCGCGUACCUGUGGGAUGCCAACAUCUCUCCCUUCAGCCUGGUGCGCUGGGCCGGUCCCCUGGGUCCCCGCCUCGUUUCCGGCUGGACCUCUCGACGUUUCUCCCAUCUUCCGGCUGAGGAAGCCAAGGCGCUCCACGACUACUCAUACUCCAUCUUCAGUCUUCGCGGCAGCGGCGAGUACGCACUAGCCUAUAUUCUCGCCCCUGGCGCAUUCGCCCGCAGCCCUCUCAUUCAUCGCGUCCAAGGCCUCGGACGACAAUUGAUCCAUGAUAAUACCAGCGCUCUCCCCCACCCCAUCACUGCUGCUACUGCCCCUCUGAACACUCAGGAUACACCUGCUUCCACCACUGCUCCGUCUGAAUCCCAGCCCGCUCGGCGCGAGAAGGGUCUUCCUGUCGUCUUCAUGUACGGCGAUCACGACUGGAUGGAUGUCUCUGGUGGCCAUGCAGCAACGGAUCGACUGGAAGCAGAGAAGAAAAAGGUUCUCGCGGACGCCACUCCUGAGGAGCGAGGUACAGACGAAGGAUCCUCUAAAGUGGUUGUUAUCAAUAACGCUGGCCACCAUUUGUACCUCGAUGGCUGGGAGGAAUUCAAUAACGUGGUCCUCGCUGAGAUGGAAGAGGUCAAUCGUCGGGAAAGAAGUCGUCAGUCAUGA